CAACAGAAACUUCCACUGCAAGUACAUUGAGCUCAACAACUUCACCGACCUCCACAUCAGCUCCCGUCUCAACAAGCACAAUAUCAACAUCAACACUGUCCGCGACUGAAGUUUCAACAACUGAAGAAUCCACGGUCACUCCAGCGGUUUCUUCAACAGCUGCGACAGAAACAUCGACUGCAACUUCACAGACAUCCACAGAAGCUCUGACAUCUACAUCGGCUUCUGCUUCAACAACCACAGCAGCAGAGACAUCUACCGCAAGCUCCACACAAUCAUCAACAUCUGAAGGAACAGCAGUGACAUCACUCCCCACGACAAGUGAAACUUCCACUGCAAGUACAUUGAGCCCAACAACUUCACCGACCUCCACAUCAGCUGGUGUCUCAACAAACGCAAUAUCAUCAACACCAACACUGUCCUCGACUGAAGUUUCAACAACUGAAGAAUCCACGGUCACUCCAGCGGUUUCUUCAACACCUG